UGCUGCUGCUGCUGCUUCAUCUCAGAGGUUCAUUUAUCACCCAGAAGGUGUGGAUGUGUUACAGCUCUCACUGGAGUAACAUGAAGCGAGCAGAAAACAAGGCCUCAGGGCCUCCGACCAACAUGUAUGAACAGAUCAAUUUGCUUCAAACCAUUUGGAUGCAUCACAAUCAUCAUCAUCUGAAUCUUCCUCCUCAGGUGUGUCCAGGCAGGUGGAUCACUGAUCUGACAUGUUUGUUCCCCAGUGGGACUCCACCUGAAGAUCAGCUGCAGACAGCAGCCGUCACCUGGACAGGUGGAUCUACUCAACUCAGCACAGGAAUCUUAAAAAUGGAUCAUCAUCGUUCUGAUUUUAGGAUUUAAGAUUCUCUUUAAUCUGACGGGUUGACACCAGAUUAUUCCAUCUGGACUGGUAAUGACAAGGAUUUACUCUUAAACAUCAAAAGAUCCAGAACCAGAACCAGAACUGGACUUCAGUGAUCAUUUUUCAACCAGAGCUCUGAAGAUCCUGUCGUCAUCCUCAUUCAUCUCUGAUCCUCAUCAGCAACAUGACGCUGCAUGAAGCUGCGCUGAGUUAACUAGAACCACUGAAGAAGGCGCGAUGUUGGCGUGUCGCCCCCUGCUGGUCACCUGGGCUCUGCUCACCUCCUCUGUCCGAAGCCAGAGCUGGAGGCCGUGCACAGACCUGCGUCCUGUUGACCUCCUGUCCAGAGCCCUGCCACGCCCAGGACAAGCCACGCCCACUCAGGUGCAGAUGGUUCAGUCCAGAGGGUCCAGAGGUAUCAGGCUAACCGGCACCGUACCGACUGCUCUCAGUUUUACCGCCUCACAGAUAUUCACCAACUGUGACUAUUUUCCUUCUGAGUUCUCGUUGGUUGCCACCAUGAAGAUACAGAGACUGAGGAAGAAGACGAAUCAGUACAUCUUCUCUGUGAUGAAGGAGGGAUCUGAGUCAUUGGUGCUGGGGCUACGUGUCUCUGAGGACCGUCUUCACCUUCUGACUGCUCCCCCUGGUGGUGGGGGGUGGAGAAGGAUCGGUUUUAAAAAUGUCAGAUUGGACGACAACCGGUGGCACACUGUGGUUCUGGCUGUGACCGGUCCUUACGCCACAUUGACCAUUGACUGUGGACCACCUGUGGAAAUUAAGCAGGUCCAGACCUUCCCCAGUACUCUGAGCACCAGAGAGUCCAGGUUCAUCAUCGGCAGCAGGGGCCACUGGAGGGGCCGGUUCUCUGGUCUACUUCGUCAGCUGGUUCUUCUCCCAGGCUCAGACGCGACACCCAGACUUUGUCCCAACUCGGAACCCAGUCUGGCAGAGCUCUCUGUCCCGCAGGUCCUCAAGACCUCCCCACUCCAACCGGACCAGCAGGGCUCAGUUUAUCCAUAUGAGGCCGAGGCCAGAGUGACUGCAGGCGACCGUCCUCCAUGUUCAGGGCCAGAGAAAGGACAGCUGUGGUUCAACUUUCGGAAGAAAGGUCUGUUCAUCUGUGACGGGAUGACGUGGAGGACGCUCAUGCAGGAUAAAGAGCGUCUGGACUAUGUGGAGGACUACCAGGACCUCUACACCCGCUCAGAAACCUUGGGUGUGGAGCUCUUCUCCAUCCGGUCUGAAGGCCUGUUCAUGGCUGCAGCCAACAGGGAUUCCCGACCCGGUUCUGCUAUUUACAAAUGGAUUAAUGGGUCAUUCCAGCUAUUUCAGAACAUCAGCACUCAAGAAGCUCAAGCCUGGAAAUAUUUCACCAUCGAUAACAAGGUUUUCCUGGUGGUGGCGGACAUGCAGAAAGCAGAACCUGAGCUGUCGACCAUCUACCGGUGGAAUCGUCGGCAGAAACGUUUCCUUCGCUAUCAGACCCUGGAGACCCACUCUGCUCGGGACUGGGAGGCCUUUCAGAUCCACAACAACAGCUUCCUGGUGGUGGCCAAUCACAUGCGAGCCAAAGACUCCAACCAUAACAUCCACAGUGUGAUCUACAGGUGGAACCCUGACACAAAGCUGUUUGAGGUGAACCAGACUCUGUCCACGUCUGGAGCCUAUGACUGGGAGUUCUUCACCAUCGGCCCGUAUCAUUUCCUGGUGGUGGCGAACACCUUCAACGGUCAGAACACCACCAUCAGCUCCACCAUCUACGUCUGGCUGGACGGAUGUUUCCGGAGCUUCCAGAACAUCACGACGGUUGGAGCGACGGAUUGGGAGACGUUCCAGAUCGAUGGCAGGUUCUUCCUCGCCGUCGCCAACAGUCAGCAGUUCUCCAGGAAAUCCCAGAGUCUCUACAACAUCAACUCCACCGUGUACGAGCUGAACAUGUUCACCCAGACCUUCCUCCGCUUCCAGGACAUCCCGACUCGCAGCGCUCUUGACUGGGAGUUCUUCACCAUCGGAGACGAGAAAUUCCUGGUUGUUGCCAACUCUUAUGAUGGCAGUUCGUACUCCGUGAACAGCUUCGUCUACAGGUGGCAGGGCUACGAGGGUUUCGUCCCGGUCCACAGUCUGCCCACCUUUGGCUGCAGAGACUGGGAACACUUCACCACUGAGCAGGGCUCCUUCCUCAUCUACUCCAGCGCCACCUCCAGGCUCAGCAAGGUUUUCAGACUCAGAACGUACUGAGAGCUUCUGAUUGGAUCAGACUGAUGACAUCAUGUCACUGAGGGCGGGGCUUCAGGAGGAGUUUCUUCUCUAUCAGCUGCAAUAUCAAACUCUGAAGAAAAAAUACUUUAUUUAUAAAAGAAGCACUUUGUUAAACAAACUAAAUUAUGAUAAGCUCUGCUGACAGAAAUGAUCCAGAUUGCAGAUUAAUUCUUAAUGUUUUCACACAGCAUUUUUUAUGCUUCUAAUAUAUAUUCAUCAAUUACUAGUAGGUUAACAACAGUUUUCUUGGCAGAAAAUCAAAUAUAAACAUAAAUCUAAAAAUAAAAUCCAUUUACGCAUUAGGAGGCUAAAAGCUGAAAAUAUUUGCUUCUUUUUGUGUCUAUUUUUGUGAUAUGAGGUUGUUUAGGCUCACGUGAAGUUUAUUUAUCUGUUUUUGUCUUUGAAUCAAACCCAUUUAUAAGCACUUUUGUGGAUUUCCUACUGAAAUGUGGUGCAUUGAAAAACGUGAAAACAUUAUGUUCACAAAUAAAUCAGGAAGAAUAAAAUGGUAAGUAUGCAUAAUUUGAAAAAGAUUUCCUUUAUACAUCCCAAUCAAUGGAUUCCAUCAACAUUGGGGGAUUGAUAUUUAGUCUGGGACAAUUCCAGGUUGUAGUCUGUUUCCAGCCAUUUUCUUCAUUUGGAUGAUUGAAACUUGAACUAGGCCAACUCUAAUAUUCAAUGUAACUAAAAUUAUAUUAUUUAUCCUGAAGGAAAAUUAAAUGUUGUCAUAACUCACAUCAUCCAAGUAUCUUCAAAGAGUUGCUGUGGAUAGUGAUGCUAUGAAACAGAAGAAUCUCUGGUAGCAGCCGGUCUUACAACAAAUCUGAAGACACCUCUGACUGAAGACUGUUGCUUUCUCACAUUUCCUUGACUUUCUUGACAUGUUAGUAGUUACAUUUCUGAGCAGCAAAGAUAAUAUUUAACCUCCAAAGUGUCACUAAUAGGUCAAUAAUUUCAGAAAUUGUUUCCCCGUUCUUGAAGCAUUUGAAGUAUUUUGUAAAAAUAGUACUUGUGAUGUGCUACUUUUUUACUAAGUGAAAUUUCUUUGGGUGUGGUCAUUCAUCAGCAUUACUGGCCUCUGCUGCCCUCUAUAGGUUUCUCUGUUCAAUCCUAUAUAAAUGUUCACUGAAAUGUUCUCUUAGGUAUAAAAUUAAUGACUUAAUGAAAAUUGUUCAUAUAAAUGAUGUUAAAUAUUAGAAUGAAUGAUGCUUAAAGAAUUAAUUUCUGUUCUAUCAUAGAGCCUUUCUUUGGCCCUGUUUCUGUCUGUCCUGUUGUUUAUUAUUGCAUUUAUUUAUUGAUUUGUGUUUUUGCUGCAGGACGGUAAACUCACUACUUUCAUUGUGAUUUUGUAAUAUCGUAAACAUAAUUUUCUCCUCAGGUUAUAAAAGAGCUACUGUAAAUAAAUAAAUAAAUUCUGAGUUUAUUUUCAAGUAACUUUUUUUGAGACAUUUUCUGUGUUAUAUUUAAAGUGAAUAUAAUAUUUUGAUAAGAUAAAUCAACUUUUUAAUUGAACUGUUUUAUUUUAUUUUGAAAUUUUAUAAUUUAUCAAAUGUUUUUAAAACCAAUAUUUGUUAAUAUUUGUUAUGGUCUUUUCUGUAGCUACUGUUUGGUGUGAACUGAAGAUGCAUUCUGGAAACAUUUUAAUUAAAUAAAGGUUUUAAAGUUAA